AGGUUCCCUACUCUGGUGUAUAGGCAGGCUGACUACAGCAAGUGGAGCAGAACUCAUUGCCUCAUCAUUUAUUUGUUAUUAUUUCGCUACAGUAAUUCAAUUGAUAAAAACCGAGUCGGUUCGAUAACUAUUGAAAUUUUUUACUUUUCGUCUAUUUUACUAACUUCUUCAUUCAAUCAUGAGCUACCAGGAUGAGGAAGAACAAAUGGGAUAUCAGGUGGGAUCGUUCCCGAAAGACUUUGGCUACGGAAACUUUGAUCACGAGGAUAACGGUUCGCGAUCGGCAGAAGACAAACCGAGAAUUUUGCUAAUGGGUUUGCGCAGAUCCGGCAAGAGCUCUAUCCAGAAGGUGGUCUUCCACAAAAUGUCACCCAACGAAACACUCUUUCUCGAGUCGACAAACAAAAUCGUCAAAGACGACAUCAACAACAGUAGCUUUGUGCAGUUCCAGAUUUGGGACUUUCCAGGGCAGAUAGACUUUUUCGAUCCCACGUUCGAUUCGGAUAUGAUUUUUGGCGGCUGUGGGGCGCUCGUUUUUGUGAUUGACGCACAGGAUGAUUACAUCGAAGCGCUGGCCAAACUGAAUCAGACGGUUACGAAAGCGUACAAAGUUAAUCCUAGGAUAAAGUUUGAGGUUUUCAUACACAAAGUGGACGGUGUGAGUGAUGACUUUAAAAUGGAAUCGCAACGCGAUAUCCACUCGAGAGCUACGGACGAUUUGGCGGAUGCUGGCUUGGAGGGGGUUCAUCUUAGCUUCCAUCUUACCUCUAUCUACGACCACUCGAUCUUCGAGGCGUUCUCGAAGGUGGUUCAAAAACUAAUUCCUCAGUUGCCAACGUUGGAAAACUUGUUGAAUAUCUUCAUUUCGAACUCUGGAAUCGAGAAAGCCUUUCUGUUUGAUGUAGUUUCAAAGAUUUAUAUUGCAACCGAUUGUUCACCAGUUGAUAUGCAGAGCUACGAGCUCUGUUGCGAUAUGAUAGACGUUGUGAUAGAUCUUUCCUGUAUUUAUGGUUCAAAGGACGACCCGGACGUUCCAGCAUUCGACAAUCUGAGCUCCAGUCUUAUCAAGAUGAACAACAGUACCGUUCUGUAUCUGCGCGAAGUCAACAAGUUCCUUGCACUAGUCUGUAUCAUUCGCGAAGAGAACUUUUCGCGCCAGGGUGUUAUCGAGUAUAACUUUCUGUGCUUCCGCGAGGCCAUCACACAGGUUUUUGAGCUGCGGCUGAAAAGCCAAAAGACGGAAGCAAUCGAUCAGGACCAGGAUGAUGAGAGCGAGUAUCGCGGAUCGGUUCCAUUGAAUGGUAGCGUGUCGGAGGAUAUGGAACAUCAUAUUAAUACGUCAUCGCUAGCCUAGAGUUAAUCUAUUUUAUGUUUGACACGGUUUAUGUAAAGAAAAAAAUAUUUGUAGUCUGGGUUUUAAGUUUACUUGAAAUAGUACCAAUUAAACAGUGAAUUUUGAUGUUCUUCCAA